GUUGCUGCUGCGGUGCCGAAACAGUGUUCCUGGUGCUGAUGCCAUCCAUCUGAGGCCGUGGGAGGACGACUCGGACCCGCUCUCGCCAAAGACGGUGCGCCCGAGUGCGAGCAACCCCAAGAACUGGAACAAGGGGGAGUACUGCCCGAUCGUGGACCGUGACAUGCCCGAGGUCUGCGAGUCGCUCUGGAGCUUCCGGCAGCUGGAGGGCAUCACCGUUGCUCGUCUGAGCGACGAGGAGGCGUCGACCAUCUGGAACGUCUCGGGCGUGGGCAAGAAGUUCGCGUCCGGCGCGCAGAUGGCGCCCAAGAAGG